UUAUAAUUUAUUAUUAAUCAAAUAUCAAAUACAAUUUUAAUUUUUUAUUAAAAUAUUUGUGUGAGAAACUCCAUUCACGUGAAUACUGUUUUUUUUCGAAUAAGUUACGAAUCAUAAAUCAAGCUCGUGAAAACAAAAAUCAGUGACAAAUGAGUAAAAAACGUGAAAAUUUGGAUAAUUCUCGAAGGUACAUCUAAGAAUUAUUAAAAAAACCCGACACCAUGGCGUUGGAAGACGAUCAACAGUUCUGUUUAAAAUGGAACAACUUCCAAGCCAACAUAACUUCGCAAUUCGAAACACUACGCUACGACGAGGAUUUUACAGAUGUUACGAUAGCAUGCGAUGGCCAGAGAUUACAGGCCCACAAGGUAGUUUUAUCAGCAUGUAGCCCUUUCUUUAAGGAACUCUUUAAGACUAAUCCGUGUCCACAUCCGAUUAUCUUUAUGCGCGAUGUGGAAGCUCAACAUAUCACGUCUCUGAUGGAAUUUAUGUACGCAGGGGAAGUCAACAUUGCUCAAACAAACCUAUCGACCUUCUUGAAAACGGCGGAAUCGUUGAAAAUUCGCGGUUUAACUGACACCGCAUCGGAUAUACACAAGAAGGACACUCAAGUAGAUUGCUAUAAGAACUCCAAACACAAAACGGAGAGGUCGAAGCAAAUAUCAUCGUCUACAGUCGUUACUUCUAGUCAAGAUGUUCCCGAGGUGUUGCCAAACGUUUCUAGUCCGCCGCCUAAGAAGAUGUGCAAAUCUGCUCCGGAGGCGGUUUCGGUUCAACAAGACGAUGGGGAAGAUCAGUACGGGUUUAGAGAUAAUCAGAAUGAAAGCAGUGGUAAUGAUCGAGAGAAAAAUAUUCAACCGAAGCUCGAAAGUCCCGAUUAUGUUGUUGAUGAUGACGAUGACAAUAUCGGAGAUAAUGAUAUUAGUAGAAUACCGGGGCUUUAUGUAUCGUCUGAUACCAGGGAAUUAUCAGGUGGAAUGGAGAUUAUACCUCAAACGUCUAAUUACCACGAAAAAGAUGAAAAUUAUGACACAUCUUUAUUAGCUUUCAAAUUUACCGGAAAAAAUUCAACCGAAAAUUGGCUAUCGAACAACAACAACCAAACCUUUCACUUACCCGACGAUUCUCCGCAAGACAGCGAACUGAAGCAAAAAUUGGUGAAGAUCGGAGAAGGGAUUGAAAUAUACGAAGACCAGCUGAGGAACCUCAAAUGGAGCGAUUACAGGAAACUAACCAGAGGUCUUGCCACCAUAUUAUUUAGUCCUGCCGAGUUGGCGACUUGCUCGGUCACAGGACAAAGGUGGAGUAGAGCAGGAAACGGGGAACGACCGGUAAAACCGGCCCUGGAUCGCGCUAAAGUCCAGGCUAUAAUAUCUUACGUAGCUAACAGGUUCCCUAUGGUAGAAAUAAGUAGGAUAAAGCAAGUGCUGGCGUACAAAUGCAAAGAGAAUUCUACAGCUUUUAAAAUGAAAGCCAUUCGAUAUUAUGGGGAACAACUGAACAAGUGAGAAUAUUUACCAAUGAAGUGUCAAAAUAAAUUACCAACUUAGAUAUUAAAACGGUAUUUUUUGUAAUAGUCAGAUAUUUAACACGUUUUAUUAAUUUAUAGGAAUGUUAUGGUAUGUUAUAUUUUGCGUUAUUAAGUUUUGUAAAAAAAAUAUUGAGUUGUUAAAUAA